UCCGCGUGUGCCCGUCCAAGCGUUCCUUAUCCUGACACCACGCUUCAGAGUCUCCAAAUUUGAGCUGCUCCGAGAAGCAGUUUCAGCGCGAGAGCGCGAUGUUGGGAAUCGCGUUCCGGCCAACGCCGCACUCCCACCUCCGCCUCCCUUCUCAACAAGAGUGCUGUUUAUUGAGGAAAACUAGAAGAUAUAGCUCUACAUUAUCAACAAGAAUAAGGAUUAUUCGCUUUCGGAGUGACCGAGAUUACGCAACAGGGCGCAGUGGUGGAAACAAACAACUUUACCUUGGGAUAGACUUCGGAACAUCUGGUGCUAGAUAUGCUCUUAUAGAUGAGCAAGGAACCAUUCAUUCCGAAAGAAAGAGAAACUAUCCAAAAAGUUUGGUUGGCAACACCGUAAACUGGGCGACCUCUUGGAAAGAAACACUAUUUUCACUUCUUGAUGAUAUUCCGGCGAGUUAUCGACCGUAUAUUGCUUCCAUAUCCAUCGAUGGGACUUCCGCAACAACCCUCAUAAUUGAUAGUAAAACAGGAGAGCUACUAUCCGGACCUUUUCUCUACAAUGAAAGCUUUCCCGAUGCUCUACCGACCGUUACAUCCAUUGCUCCAGAGAACCACACUGUGUGCUCUGGGUCAUCCACUUUAUGCAAGCUUGUAUCGUGGUGGAGUUCGAACAACUCGGACCAAGACCCGGCUUUACUGAUGCAUCAAUCGGAUUGGCUCUUAUGGCUUUUACAUGGAAAGUUCGGUGUUUCUGACUACAACAAUGCCUUGAAGGUAGGAUAUGACCCAGAGACCGACUCCUAUCCGAGCUGGUUGCUGUCUCAGCCAUUUUCAUAUAUGUUGCCUUCUGUUAAAGCACCUGGAACUCCUGUCGGUUCCGUAAAAGAAGACAUUACAUUGCAGUAUGGGUUUCCGAAGGACUGUGCUGUCUGUACUGGAACAACUGAUAGUAUAGCAGCUUUCCUCGCAGCUCGCGCUACACAACCAGGAAAAGCUGUAACAUCGUUGGGUUCGACGCUUGCGAUCAAACUCCUAAGCACAACUCGUGUCGAUGACGCAAGGUUCGGCGUGUACAGCCAUCGUCUCGACGACGAGUGGCUCGUCGGCGGUGCCUCAAACACUGGAGGUGCUGUUCUGCGACAGCUUUUCACUGAUGAACAAUUGGAGGAAUUGAGUAAGGAGAUCGAUCCUUCGGUACCGUCGCCUCUUGAUUAUUAUCCCUUACCGAAAAAAGGCGAGAGGUUUCCCGUCUCUGACCCAGAUAUGAUGCCCAGGUUACAUCCACGACCCGAACGCGACGUAGAAUACUUGCAUGGAAUUUUCGAAUCCAUCGCACGGAUCGAGGCUGAGGGCUACAAGCUGCUGAAGGAGCUCGGGGCGACGGAGGUGGAGGAAGUGUUUACGGCGGGGGGUGGCGCGAAGAAUCAGCAAUGGAUGAAGAUAAGGGAGAGGGUGCUCGGCCUGCCCGUCAGUAAAGCGUGGCAGACGGAGGCUGCAUUCGGAGCCGCGCUGCUCGCACUCAAGGGUGCAUGUUUGCUAGAUUCAAGAUCUGUUUGAUCAUUUCUGGAUCACAUUUUCCUCAAACUUGGAUAACAUGAACAAAUCUUUUUCAAUUAGUUUUCCUUUUUCCUGUCACUUACAGAACUUCAAGUGAUGUAAAUUGGAUGUUCUGUAAUGGACAAAAUGGAGAAAUUUUCUUCUGAUUGGUA